CGACUCCCACGCUGGUGUACGUUUGACAAACGUAUCACACAGAUUAACUGUAGGAUUAUCAAUUUGAUUAUCGAAUCGUUUCGAUUUCUGCAGUGCGUUGUUAGUGUUUCUGGAGGUGGACCUUUCAAGGAUAUUUCUGGCGUCAGCAAUAUUCGUGCCACACAACUUCUUUACCGACGUUUGUAUCUCCGUCACUCCCAACAACGAUAUCAGACCUUGCAGGAGACUUCAGCAACCCAACGACAACAAACAGUAACCUGCCACUUCGUGAUUCGGACAAGCUUUCCAUCGCUUUUCAGUGGAGCCCUGUUUGUACGUACAGACAGUUUAUGACGCUGUGGAUCAGCAUAUAAGGGCAUUCAUUUUCUGGCUUAACAUUCCUUGGCGCCGAAAUCACCAAAAUGGCCUCACCAUCAACACAGGGUGCCUCGAACUUUCAAAUGGCGCGAAUCUCCAGUUUUAUUUUCGCCAUCAAGUUCAUGUACGUUAUUGUUUACGUCUACAGCAACGCAGCCCUGCAGUCCAGUGGAGUCUCGGACUUCCUGACCUGCGUCUCGUGGGGAAUUGGUGGUAUCCUUGGCCUGUUGGUCAUCCCGUUGCUGGGUGCUUGGAGCGACUCUUGCAAGUUGUCAUGGGGACGCAGACGACCAUUCGUUGUUUUGACUGCGGUGUCUGUGAUGAUAUGCAUGCUGCUGGUGUCGUAUGGUGAACAAAUCAGCAUGGCUUUCGGUCUGGCGCCUCCCAAACAUAACAUCACAGCAACGCCGCCACCACCGGGAAAUAAUGCCACAGGAAAGAAAAGUAUUGAACACAUCCCGAAAGAUAUCUUUGGUUUCACCAUCAUUUUCACAUCGUCGGUCGUUUUGUUUAUGUUUCUGACGCACAGUUGGUCGCCAUGUCGAGCCUACAUCGCCGAUGCCUCGGUCCCUGAAACAGCCACCUCGGCCAUCUCGAUCUACACCGCCAUGAGCUGUCUGGGUAGCAUCGUUGGAGGGAUUGUUGGCGGGAUCGACUGGCGGUUCAUCCCCCUGGCUAGGACAUACGACGACGUCUACUGGUGGUACUACAUCGUCACCGUCAUCGUUGUCGCAGUCUUUAUGGUAGUCUGCGUCACUGCGUACAAGGAGGUGCCUCUGGGUGCAAAAGAUGCAAUGGGAAGCCAGAAGCCAGAUGAAAACUACAAGACAUUCUCAGAGUCUGAGGAACUGAAGAUGAAGUCCCGAGGACGGAAAGGUCGGCGGGAUACGGUCACCAAGGACAUCAUCCUGACUGACCCGAGCGAUAGAGGCAAAGGCUUCAGUUUCUACGGGUACUGCGUGAGCUGCUGCGUCAUGCCCCGAUUUCUCUUCGUGCUGUACCUGUGCACUCUGUCCGGAGUCUGCUGGUACAGUUUCUACUACAUCUUCCUGACUGACUACAUCGGCAAGGUGGUCUUUAAAGGUGACCCCUCCACUCCUCACAACUCUAUUCUUCAUGGCCAUUACGUGGACGGCAUCCGGAGGGGAUCCUUCUGUAUGGCCAUCGAUGCAGCAUCAGCCGCCUGUCAUGCCUUCAUCAGCAUGGCAAUCAUCGAGAAAGUGGGUAUCAAGAUUCUCUACAUCGGUGGCCAAGUGUUCGGCAUCGUCGCCACCUUCUGUAUGUUCUACUUGUCCUACACACCACGGAUCUACAUCCUGUCCAUCUUCUCCGGCAUCAUGUAUUCCACCAUCAUGACCUUCCCCUACCUGCUGCUCGUCAGGUACCAUAAGACAGACGUGUUUAAAGACAAGACGGGUCGCACUCCGGGUAGGAAAAGAGUCCUGGAGACGGAUCUAGCCAUCUUCACAAGUGCCUACAGCAUCUCUCAGAUCAUUGCCGCGCUAUUCACGAGCCUCCUAUUGAUGAUUUAUGACACUAUGACGGUGGCCAUGUGGAGUGCAACGGGUGCAGGUCUUCUGGGCCUGAUCCUGGCCUUGUUUGUCAAGUAUCUUGAGACGGAUGACGACUUGCACGCGUUCGAGGAUCAGUUCAAGUCAAGUGAUCGCGAGGAUGAGAGGAUGAGGAAGGAAUACGUGGACAACCAGAUGCUGGAACGCUGAGCCGAGACUGUGAAUGUGCAAUGAUGGUGAAGAUACAUUAAAUAUAAAUGUAUGGCUCUAACGGACUAACCCUGCCCGUAUAUCGGAGGAUAAUGCCAUGAAGGAAAAACCAAAGAGAUCUCACUAAAAUUUACGUUAUUAUCAAUAAUUUUGACAAGUAACUUUCAGUGAGACCAUUAUGUUUAUUCGUUUAUGGUAAUACUAUUGCGGUAUAAUAGCGCUGGGAGUCUCAAUGACACUUGUCGUGGACAUAUGUUAUGUGAUAUAGAUGUGAUGUAUUGGACAAUUAUAUACCAUGCAGUAUGUUGUGGGUACGUGUAGAGGAUGGUUAUGGGUGUUAAGCACAGCUGUUUAUUUAUUUAAUCAGGACUGGGGAUUUCCGUAUACUUGACUGGAAGAUGAAUUCAACGGAUUUAUUUUCAACAUACAUAUAUACAUAUAUAUUUUCAAUUACAGAUAUAGGACGAAGGGCUGUUGUACAUGUAUUUCGAAUGCAAUUUAAAUCAUUUCUGGCGUGGACAUUGGUGAUUCUAUCAGAACUUUGCAAUCGACCACAGUCUCGUGUGAUUGAUCUCUAUAGCCAUACAAUAUUCGACUUUAAAUUGACUUUAAAUUAUGAUCGACCGAUCUGUCAAUCAUUGACGCGCUGUUGGUACCACAGUAUGAUAUGAUGUCCAAAAUAAAGAUAUCUAUCGUGUCUGUCAGUUUUUCCUCAAUCUGUUGAACC